CACCGUCAUUGGGCGAAGCUUAAAGUUUUACAAAUCAGACACUUAAGCAUAUGAUGGAAAGACCAAAACAAUCAAAAGAUAGGAUGAUGACGUCCGCUCUGUAUGCCAGGCUAUCGUCUUACAUUGUUCUUGUCUAUUAUUUCAGCUUUUUAGCUUAGGGGUAUUGAGUACAGUAGACAGGUGAUAAUGAUAUUGACAAAUGGAUCAGAACAGGUAUUUCCAUAACCAAGGUGUUUGUUUUCAUCAUGCCCCAACUUCGUGUUUAUUCGUCCGAUAACUUCGGCGUCCUGUUUUUUUAUGUAAAGAAGGGCAAAAGAUGCCAGUUUUACUAGUAACGAUCAGAUCACAAAGCUACCUGGGAGUAAUUGGGAAAGAAGUGGGCAGUAAGAAAAAUUCUUAGCUACGAAUGGCGUUUACCAGGUGGAUGUUGGCGAUUGUCUCGCUGACAUUGUUGUAUGCUGAUCCAGCUUUCGCAGCAUGCACGUUUAAUCUGGAUACGUCUUCGCCCACCUAUCCGUCUCAUUUGGUAGACAGUUCCGACCAGAUCGUUCAACCCACUCUUCAGAACGGGGUUCGAACAAUCACUUUAGCAGCAAAUCAACUCGUCACAGUUGCUUGUGAAGGCUCGGGCAACGCGCUAACAGCUACCGGUGUCCAGUUCAACUCGGGAAAAUGCGCAACGUCCGGUACAUCCCUCCAGGUUGGCACGCAGAACUUGGGUUACGGAUCAUUAGGCUGUAAUUCCGUCGUGAAAGAGACCAUCAAGGAGACAGGAACAUGUUCCAGCACCGGGACAAAGAUCGAGAUCGGUUGGCAAGUAAGCACAACAUUCAUCAAUCAAAUUACAAUCUGCCACGUUGAAUCGAACGACAACACCUUGUACGCGAUCGACACGAUUUACGGAGCCAACGUGGCCGCUGACGACAAGCAAAAUGAACGUCCUUCUUUCCGUAAAGGAAAUUACUACACCGGAGUCGAUGUCGACACGGCCUACAGCCAGGAUGGCCAGUUGAUCACCGUCUCGGAAAUUGUUGGAUCCAGCACUUUGGGAGCUCAGUACAUCGACGUCAGUAAAAGUUAUUAUUUUGCUCGUGGUCAUUUGGCUCCAGAUGCGGAUUUUAUUGAUGCCGGAAGUCAGGAUGCUACUUAUUACUACAUCAAUGCCGCGCCGCAGUGGCAAUCGUUCAAUAACGGCAACUGGAAAGCCCUGGAAGCUGGAAGUAGAAAUCUAGCCAUCAGUCGCAAUAUUGAUCUGGUAGUUUACACGGGCACCUACGAAGUUCUGACGCUGGCUAAUGUGAACGGCGUUCAAAAGCCAAUCUAUUUAGCCCAGGACACUAACAAUAACAAUGUCCUGCCCGUUCCUAAGUACUACUGGAAGGUUGUUCACGAUCCAGCCACCAAUAAAGCAACCGCUUUUAUUGGCAUCAACAAUCCGCAUUUAUCCAGCGUUUCCGGUGCGGAUGUUUUCUGCUCUGAUGUUUGCAGUCAGAUCGGAUGGAUGUCUUGGACCAACCGCUUCGAUAUCCCUAAAGGUUAUAUGUUUUGUUGUACCGCAGCUGCCUUGCACAAUGUUGUUCCGCACGCACCCAAUUUGGGAAGCAUCGGUUUAUUGGUUUAAUCAGAUGCAAUUCCGGUUAAUUUACCCAUUACCUUUAACUACCUUCUCUUCUCUAAAACCUAUCCUACAAGUCCCAACUAAUUACCCGUUACAAAUAGAAGCACAUUUAUUAUUGCCUGCA